AUUUAACUAUAUGAACCACGAUAACCAAACAAAGAGAUCAAGAGAAGAACUAGAAAGUGAUAACGAAGAAAAUCCAAUUUUAAAGCAACCCGAAAACAAAGAAGCCGGAUGGAAGACACCGGAAGAACCCCAACCAACAACUAGCAAUAACCUAUAUGGAGCAAUAGAGGAAAACGAUGUAGUACUUAAUCACUUAAUAGAUGGAUCUGCAAAUUCAAAUUUCAAUAAGCCACUAAAAUUAACCAAAGCUCUGAACAAAUCGGAAUUCCACAAAUAUAUAAUUGAAGAUUUUCUGAGCUGGCAAAGCCCUCAGAUUUGAGAUCAAUGAUUCCUCAAAAAUAAGACUGCCAAAAGAAUAAAAAAAAGAAACUCAUUGACUGGCAAAUACCUUCUAAACAACCAA